AUGGCAAAGAAGAUGAGACGAUGCAUCAAUGGCCUCUUCACAAUGGUACCGCAAGCUCCUCGCUCGGCACGCGCCAUUGCGCCAACACACUACAUCCAUCAGCAAAGCCGAAGUGUGACCAACGCUAUCAAGCCCGACCACAUCACCUCCCUACUCACCGUACCGCGUGUCCCUCCCAAGCCAGCCAAUUGGCAUCCAACGCUCGUGCACAGCAGCGGCGAGGUCAAGUUCACCGUUAUCCGCCUCGCACCCAACGGAGGUGAAGUCCCACCACACUUCCACAAAAAUGUCUGGGACUACUUCAUGCCAUUGGAAGGCAACGCCGUCAUCGAGACUACGACCAAAGACGGCGUCUCUCAGGACUUUGACAUGCAAAGUGGUAGUUUUCUAGCUGUUGGGCCGGGUGACACGCACCGAGUUCGGAAUGUUAGUGAAAAGGAGGAGUUCGUGUUUUUGCUCGCGCAGUCGCCGAGAGGGAAGUAUGACUUCGUCAAUAUUGGUGAUGGUGAGGUUGUGAAGAAGUGGCACGAAGAGGAAUAG